UCCACACAUUCAUUUUAUACUGUAGCUUGGAGGGUAUUUUGAGUAUGUAAUUGGAAGAAAAUGUAGACUGGAACUCCCCAAAAUUAUAGUUUGAAAAGCAACUUCGUUGACAAACCUUUUUCCGCUGAAUUUCCCUUUCUUUUUGGUCAAUUUUAAGGAGCCCACCUGUUGGUACAAAGCCGCGUGCAUUAAAAUCCAGAAAAUAGCAAAUGUAUACCUCUGAAAAUCCAAAAUCAGGGACAAUUUCAGUUGAAAAUAUCAAAUCUGGAUUAUAGUAGUAGGGAAUUCAAUUCUGCAAGUUUGUUUGAUGCCUCCAUGGGACUAUUUUCCGACAUGUGGAGCUGUCUACGGCGCCGCCUGAGGGCCACAAACGGAGAAGACGCCGUGGACGACGGCGCCGAAGAAUCUUCCGACUUGUUUUUCAGUCUCCAAACGCUGCAAAUUGCCACUAAUUUCUUCUCCGACCUGAACCGGCUGGGUCACGGCGGCUUUGGGCCCGUCUACAAGGGACUGAUGCCAAAUGGUCAAGAAGUAGCCGUGAAGAAGCUGUCCUUGAAUUCUAGACAAGGGCUAAAAGAAUUCACAAAUGAGGUGAAACUGUUAUUGAGAAUUCAACACAGGAACUUAGUCACAUUGCUAGGAUGUUGCGUGGAAGGACCUGAAAAGAUGCUUGUGUACGAGUAUUUGCCUAACAGGAGCCUUGACUAUUUCCUUUUUGAUAAGGAGAAGUCUCGGCUUCUGGAUUGGAAGAAACGAUAUCAAAUAGUUAGUGGUAUUGCAAGAGGUCUUCUCUAUCUGCAUGAAGAAGCGCCUGAAAGGAUAAUCCAUAGAGACAUUAAAGCCAGUAAUAUAUUGCUUGAUGAGCAGUUGAUUCCAAAAAUCUCAGAUUUUGGUCUGGCAAGGUUAUUUCCCGGGGACGACACACAUUUAAACACGUUUAGGAUUUCUGGCACUCAUGGUUAUAUGGCUCCUGAGUAUGCAAUUCGUGGAUAUUUGUCUGUGAAGACAGAUGUCUUUAGUUUUGGCAUUUUGGUCUUGGAAAUUGUCAGUGGGAGAAAGAAUCAUGACGGGUUUCUUGAUGCUCAAAAGGCUGACCUCUUAAACUAUACAUGGACACUUUUCGAGGCGGGGAAGUCAGAGGAGCUAGUUAAAGGAAGCCUCGAUAAAUACAAUCCCGAAGAAGCUGCAAUCUGCAUUCAAUUGGGACUGUUAUGCUGUCAAGCUAGUAUUGCAGAUAGGCCAGAUAUGAACUCUGUUAAUCUUAUGCUAUCAAGCGAUUCCUUCACUUUACCUAGACCUGGGAAGCCCGGGAUCCAUGGUCGUGUAGGCCGGUUUACUACGACAUCGUCUGCCCCUUUUACUAACAAUACAAAUGGUAGCACUAUCACUCAAACUGGCGGUACUAAGGUCUCCAUUGGUAGUAGUUUUGUCGAGGAUUACUCUAGAAAUUCGAUCUCCCAUUCAUCCAUGGAGGAAGGUAGAUGACUUGUAUUGUUGAGUUAUAAUGUAUGUUUUGAUGUAUAUUCAGUCCUCUUUUGAUUUCUCUGCUUUUUAUUUUUUCUCUAUUCGGUGAUCAUUUGUUCACAAAAAUAUUUUUCAAUCUAAAACUUCCGUAAGUGUACGAUUCGUUAACGAGUAAUAAAUGGGAUGUGAGUCCAA